CUUUGAUUGGACAGUUCAGGAGCCAAUAAGGUCCUAUAAUGUCGCUGUAAGCAAACGUUCCACUAGAUGGCAGUCUGGCACCAAUAAAGUCCUAUAUUGUCUCAGCAAAACGUCCACUAGAUGGCAGUCAAGUACCAAUAAAACCUACUAUUAUCUCAGUUAGCAAAGUGUCCACUAGAUGGCAGUCUGGUACCAAUAAAGUCCUACAAGGUCUUUGUUAGCAAAAUGUCCACUAGAUGGCAGUCAGGUACCAAUAAAGUCCUAUAUUGUCUCAGAAAAACGUCCACUAGAUGGCAGUCUGGCACCAAUAAAGUAUUAUAACAACCUUUGAUUGGACAAUGCAAAGGACAGUUCAGGAGCCAAUAAGGUCCUAUAAUGUCGCUGUAAGCAAACGUUCCACUAGAUGGCAGUCUGGCACCAAUAAAGUCCUAUAUUGUCUCAGCAAAACGUCCACUAGAUGGCAGUCAAGUACCAAUAAAACCUACUAUUAUCUCAGAUAGCAAAGUGUCCACUAGAUGGCAGUCUGGUACCAAUAAAGUCCUACAAGGUAUUUGUUAGCAAAAUGUCCACUAGAUGGCAGUCAGGUACCAAUAAAGUCCUAUAUUGUCUCAGAAAAACGUCCACUAGAUGGCAGUCAAGUACCAAUAAAACCUACUAUUAUCUCAGUUAGCAAAGUGUCCACUAGAUGGCAGUCUGGUACCAAUAAAGUCCUACAAGGUCUUUGUUAGCAAAAUGUCCACUAGAUGGCAGUCAGGUACCAAUAAAGUCCUAUAUUGUCUCAGAAAAACGUCCACUAGAUGGCAGUCAGGUACCAAUAAAGUAUUAUAACAACCUUUGAUUGGACAAUGCAAAGGACAGUUCAGGAGCCAAUAAGGUCCUAUAAUGUCGCUGUAAGCAAACGUUCCACUAGAUGGCAGUCUGGCACCAAUAAAGUCCUAUAUUGUCUCAGCAAAACGUCCACUAGAUGGCAGUCAAGUACCAAUAAAACCUAUUACUAUCUCAGUUAGCAAAGUGUCCACUAGAUGGCAGUCUGGUACCAAUAAAGUCCUACAAGGUCUUUGUUAGCAAACAAAACGUCCACUAGAUGGCAGUCAGGUACCAAUAAAGUCCUAUAUUGUCUCAGAAAAACGUCCACUAGAUGGCAGUCAGGUACCAAUAAAACCUACUACUAUCUCAGUUAGCAAAGUGUCCACUAGAUGGCAGUCAGGGACCAAUAUAACCUACUACUAUCUCAGUUAGCAAAAUGUCCACUAGAUGGCAGUCUGGCACCAAUAAAGUAUUAUAACAACCUUUGAUUGGACAAUGCAAAGGACAGUUCAGGAGCCAAUAAGGUCCUAUAAUGUUGCUGUAAGCAAACGUUCCACUAGAUGGCAGUCAGGUACCAAUACAGUCCUAUAUUGUCUCACAAAACGUCCACUAGAUGGCAGUCAGGUACCAAUAAAACCUACUACUAUCUCAGUUAGCAAAGUGUCCACUAGAAGGCAGUCUGGCACCAAUAAAGUCCUAAAUUGUCUCAUCAAAACGUCCACUAGAUGGCAGUCAGGUACCAAUAAAACCUACUACUAUCUCAGUUAGCAAAGUGUCCACUAGAUGGCAGUCUGGUACCAAUAAAAUCCUACAAGGUCUUUUUUUAGCAAAAUGUCCACUAGAUGGCAGUCAGGUACCAAUAAAGUCCUAUAUUGUCUCUCUUAGCAAAGUGUCCACUAGAUGGCAGUCUGGCACCAUUAAAGUAUUAUAGCAACCUAUGAUUUGACGAUGCACAGGGCAGUUCAGAAGCCAAUAAGUUCCUAUAAUGUCGUUGUAAGCAAACGUUCCACUAUGUGGCAGUCUGGCACCAAUAAAGUCCUAUAUUGUCUCAACAAAACGUCCACUAGAUGGCAGUCAGGUACCAAUAAAACCUACUACUAUCUCAGUUAGCAAAGUGUCCAGUAGAUGGCAGUCUGGCACCAAUAAAGUAUUAUAACAACCUUUGAUUGGACAAUGCAAAGGACAGUUCUGGAGCCAAUAAGGUCCUAUAAUGUCGCUGUAAGCAAACGUUCCACUAGAUGGCAGUCUGGCACCAAUAAAUUCCUACAAUGUCUUUGUUAGCAAAAUGUCCACUAGAUGGCAGUCAGGUACCAAUAAAGUCCUAUAUUGUCUCAACAAAACGUCCACUAGAUGGCAGUCAAGUACCAAUAAAACCUAUUACUAUCUCAGUUAGCAAAGUGUCCACUAGAUGGCAGUCUGGUACCAAUAAAGUCCUACAAGGUCUUUGUUAGCAAAAUGUCCACUAGAUGGCAGUCAGGUACCAAUAAAGUCCUAUAUUGUCUCUUUUAGCAAAGUGUCCACUAGAUGGCAGUCUGGCACCAAUAAAUUAUUAUAGCAACCUAUGAUUGGACGAUGCAAAGGGCAGUUCAGGAGCCAAUAAGUUCCUAUAAUAUCGCUGUAAGCAAACGUUCCACUAGGUGGCAGUCUGGCACCAAUGAAGUCCUAUAUUGUCUCAGCAAAACGUCCACUAGAUGGCAGUCUGGCACCAAUAAAAUCCUACAAUGUCUUUGUUAGCAAAACGUCCACUAGAUGGCAGUCAGGUACCAAUAAAACCUACUACUAUCUCAGUUAGCAAAAUGUCCACUAGAUGGCAGUCUGGCACCAAUAAAGUAUUAUAACAACCUUUGAUUGGACAAUGCAAAGGACAGUUCAGGAGGCAAUAAGGUCCUAUAAUGUCGCUGUAAGCAAACGUUCCACUAGAUGGCAGUCUGGCAGCAAUAAAGUCCUAUAUUGUCUCAGCAAAACGUCCACUAGAUGGCAGUCAGGUACCAAUAAAACCUACUACUAUCUCAGUUAGCAAAGUGUCCACUAGAUGGCAGUCAGGGACCAAUAUAACCUACUACUAUCUCAGUUAGCAAAAUGUCCACUAGAUGGCAGUCUGGCACCAAUAAAGUAUUAUAACAACCUUUGAUUGGACAAUGCAAAGGACAGUUCAGGAGCCAAUAAGGUCCUAUAAUGUUGCUGUAAGCAAACGUUCCACUAGAUGGCAGUCAGGUACCAAUACAGUCCUAUAUUGUCUCACAAAACGUCCACUAGAUGGCAGUCAGGUACCAAUAAAACCUACUACUAUCUCAGUUAGCAAAGUGUCCACUAGAAGGCAGUCUGGCACCAAUAAAGUCCUAAAUUGUCUCAUCAAAACGUCCACUAGAUGGCAGUCAGGUACCAAUAAAACCUACUACUAUCUCAGUUAGCAAAGUGUCCACUAGAUGGCAGUCUGGUACCAAUAAAAUCCUACAAGGUCUUUUUUUAGCAAAAUGUCCACUAGAUGGCAGUCAGGUACCAAUAAAGUCCUAUAUUGUCUCUCUUAGCAAAGUGUCCACUAGAUGGCAGUCUGGCACCAUUAAAGUAUUAUAGCAACCUAUGAUUUGACGAUGCACAGGGCAGUUCAGAAGCCAAUAAGUUCCUAUAAUGUCGUUGUAAGCAAACGUUCCACUAUGUGGCAGUCUGGCACCAAUAAAGUCCUAUAUUGUCUCAACAAAACGUCCACUAGAUGGCAGUCAGGUACCAAUAAAACCUACUACUAUCUCAGUUAGCAAAGUGUCCAGUAGAUGGCAGUCUGGCACCAAUAAAGUAUUAUAACAACCUUUGAUUGGACAAUGCAAAGGACAGUUCUGGAGCCAAUAAGGUCCUAUAAUGUCGCUGUAAGCAAACGUUCCACUAGAUGGCAGUCUGGCACCAAUAAAUUCCUACAAUGUCUUUGUUAGCAAAAUGUCCACUAGAUGGCAGUCAGGUACCAAUAAAGUCCUAUAUUGUCUCAACAAAACGUCCACUAGAUGGCAGUCAAGUACCAAUAAAACCUAUUACUAUCUCAGUUAGCAAAGUGUCCACUAGAUGGCAGUCUGGUACCAAUAAAGUCCUACAAGGUCUUUGUUAGCAAAAUGUCCACUAGAUGGCAGUCAGGUACCAAUAAAGUCCUAUAUUGUCUCUUUUAGCAAAGUGUCCACUAGAUGGCAGUCUGGCACCAAUAAAUUAUUAUAGCAACCUAUGAUUGGACGAUGCAAAGGGCAGUUCAGGAGCCAAUAAGUUCCUAUAAUAUCGCUGUAAGCAAACGUUCCACUAGGUGGCAGUCUGGCACCAAUGAAGUCCUAUAUUGUCUCAGCAAAACGUCCACUAGAUGGCAGUCUGGCACCAAUAAAAUCCUACAAUGUCUUUGUUAGCAAAACGUCCACUAGAUGGCAGUCAGGUACCAAUAAAACCUACUACUAUCUCAGUUAGCAAAAUGUCCACUAGAUGGCAGUCUGGCACCAAUAAAGUAUUAUAACAACCUUUGAUUGGACAAUGCAAAGGACAGUUCAGGAGGCAAUAAGGUCCUAUAAUGUCGCUGUAAGCAAACGUUCCACUAGAUGGCAGUCUGGCAGCAAUAAAGUCCUAUAUUGUCUCAGCAAAACGUCCACUAGAUGGCAGUCAGGUACCAAUAAACUCCUAUAUUGUCUCAGCAAAACGUCCACUAGAUGGCAGUCAGGUACCAAUAAAACCUACUACUAUCUCAGUUAGCAAAGUGUCCACUAGAUGGCAGUCUGGCAGCAAUAAAGUCCUAUAUUGUCUCAGAAAAACGUCCACUAGAUGGCAGUCAGGUACCAAUAUGACCUACGACUAUCUCAGUUAGCAAAUUGUCCACUAGAUGGCAGUCAGACACCAAAAUGGUCCUACAUUUACUUGCUAGUCCAGCUUUCUGAUAAGAAAAAAAGAAUUAUAACACAAAGUAGACUGCACUUUAGUAUACUACAUUUUUAUAGUACAGUAUUUAGAAACAUUGAAUAGAACAUCUUAAUAGUUCUGUCCCCCAUAAUUCAUUUCAGGUCCCACCCAGGUGCUCUGUCCCAAGGAUGCUAUGUCCCGGGAUCUCAGCACCAUCAUUAUUUGAGUUACUGGACAUGCUCAGCAACUCAAACAAGGGUAAUAAUCGAGGGGGUUUACAGCAAUGAGUAGGCGGUUACUGCAUAAUUAGGGGUGGGACUGCACAGAAAGUGGCCAUGAUCUUGGCCGGGACACCUAGAAAAGUAGGCAUGGCCUGGUUGAGACCAUAUAGAAGGUGAACUUUUUUAAGCGUGGGCUGUGGGCACCUUUGAUGGUAACGAGUACAAUUUCAAAAUGUGGAGCCCCCUUGGGAGAGAUGGAAGAUGCCAGGGCUUCCCCUUGACCACUUCUGGACCCUUGUGGCAGAAUUCAGAACGAGAACUGGUAAGGGAAGGGCCUACAGGGGACAUUUAGAUCAGGCUAUUGGGCCCCUUACAGGGCUUCCCCCUGGCCACUUCUGGACCCUUGUGGCAGAAUUCAGAACGAGAACUGGUAAGGGAAGGGCCUACAGGGGACAUUUAGAUCAGGCUAUUGGGCCCCUUACAGGGCAUCCCCCUGGCCACUUCUGGACCCUUGUGGCAGAAUUCAGAACGAGAACUGGUAAGGGAAGGGCCUACAGGGGACAUUUAGAUCAGGCUAUUGGGCCCCUUACAGGGCUUCCCCCUGGCCACUUCUGGACCCUUGUGGCAGAAUUCAGAACGAGAACUGGUAAGGGAAGGGCCUACAGGGGACAUUUAGAUCAGGCUAUUGGGCCCCUUACAGGGCAUCCCCCUGGCCACUUCUGGACCCUUGUGGCAGAAUUCAGAACGAGAACUGGUAAGGGAAGGGCCUACAGGGGACAUUUAGAUCAGGCUAUUGGGCACCUUACAGGGCUUCCCCCUGGCCACUUCUGGACCCUUGUGGCAGAAUUCAGAACGAGAACUGGUAAGGAAAGGGGCUACAGGGGACAUUUAGAUCAGGCUAUUGGGCCCCUUACAGGGCUUCCCCCUGACCACUUCUGGACCCUUGUGGCAGAAUUCAGAACGAGAACUGGUAAGGGAAGGGCCUACAGGGGACAUUUAGAUCAGGCUGUUGGGCCCCUUACAGGGCUUCCCCCUGGCCACUUCUGGACCCUUGUGGCAGAAUUCAGAACAAGAACUGGUAAGGGAAGGGCCUACAGGGGACAUUUAGAUCAGGCUAUUGGGCCCCUUACAGGGCUUCCCCCUGGCCACUUCUGGACCCUUGUGGCAGAAUUCAGAACGAGAACUGGUAAGGGAAGGGCCUACAGGGGACAUUUAGAUCAGGCUAUUGGGCCCCUUACAGGGCUUCCCCCUGGCCACUUCUGGACCCUUGUGGCAGAAUUCAGAACGAGAACUGGUAAGGGAAGGGCUUACAGGGGACAUUUAGAUCAGGCUAUUGGGCCCCUUACAGGGCUUCCCCCUGGCCACUUCUGGACCCUUGUGGCAGAAUUCAGAACGAGAACUGGUAAGGGAAGGGCCUACAGGGGACAUUUAGAUCAGGCUAUUGGGCCCCUUACAGGGCUUCCCCCUGGCCACUUCUGGACCCUUGUGGCAGAAUUCAGAACGAGAACUGGUAAGGGAAGGGCCUACAGGAGACAUUUAGAUCAGGCUGUUGGGCCCCUUAGACGAGUUGUUGAGUUCUUUCCAGUUCAGGCACCAUGAAGCCAUCUCUUGUUUCUCGUAUUUGGUGUUCCCUACAGUUGAAAAGUCUUAGGUGGACCUCAAGCUUCUUGCUAUAGUUUCAUAUGACCCAAGGGGGGAAAGGCCACAUUAUUUAGGUGCCCGUAGGGCACCAUGAUGUCUGAAUAUAGCCUUGGAUAUCCCAACUAAAUUUUGGUCUUUUCCAC